AUGAAAUUUGAAUUAUUACCAAAUGAAAUUUUACUUGAUUACUUUGGAUAUUUCAAUGCAUUGGAUCUCUUUUAUGCCUAUGAUGGAUUAAAUUAUCGUUUAAACAAAUUAAUUCGAACUUUACCAUUACAUCUUAAUUUUCAAUAUGCAAAUAAAUCAAAAUUUAUUGAAUUUUGUCGAACAAUGUCAUUAAAUGAGGAACUGAAGAAUCGAAUCUAUUCAUUACAUUUAUCAAAUCAAGAAAUAGAUUUUCAAAUCGAAGCAUUCCUUUCAUUUUUUUCACUUAAUCAAUUCACUAAUCUUCAAUCAUUGUCUAUAACCGAAAUUAAUUUCACUGAUAGUACAAAAAUAAUAUUCAUGUUAUCAUCAAUAUCAAAACUACAAACAUUAUCAAUUAUUUCUUCACCUUUUCUAUUCAAUGCCAUUAAUGAAACAUUAUUCAUUAAAAAUCUAACAAUUUCUUAUUGUUUUUUAACUAAAUUAUAUCAAUUAUUACAACAUAUGCCUAUAUUAAAAUAUUUAAAUAUUCAAUGUCUUAAUGAUGACGGAUAUUCAUAUGAUACAAACAGAUUAAAUGAUACUCCAUGUGCCAUUCAUUUAAAAGAAUUAAUUAUCGAAAAUUUACAAUGCAGACUUAUGAAUUUCGAAAUAUUUGUAAAAGAAAUACCAAAUUUACAAAUUUUAACAAUAUCUGCAAGAAAUAACAAUGAUAUGUUUGAUGCUAAUCUAUGGGAACAGUUGAUAAGAAUUCUAUUAGCUCAUUUAAUUACUUUCAAUUUUAAUUUUGGUUGUAUUUAUAAAGAUCAUUACAAUAUUAUACUUAACAAAUUUCAAACUAAUUUUUGGCGAAAACAAUAUAAGUGUUUUACUGAAUAUAUGGCUGAUAAAAAAUCAAUAUUUAUUUACACAACACCUUACAUAUCAAAUAAAUUUAGAUUAACAUCAAGUACAACAAGAUAUAAUAAUACUAUCAUUGAUAAGUCUGAUGAAUCUGAUGAUCGAAUCAUAAUCAAGAAACUAAGAAAAUCUUCAACGGAUCAGCAAGUCAAUAUAGGAGGAUAUCAAUAUAUAACUACAGGACAUACACAGAUAAUAUCGGUUUUAGAUAUACGAAGUCCAACAAAUAGAAAAUUGAAGAAAAGAAAGAGAAUAGAAAAUAACGAUUAUAAUAAAAUCGACAUUUUCAAAAAUGUAACAGAUUUAACACUACAUUUGGAUAUAUUAACAAAAGAAUGUUCAUAUUACUUUGCAAAUGUUACAUCAUUAAGAUUAGUUCCAUCGGAAAAAUUAGAACAUCGUACUCUUACAAAUCAACAUAUUCGAAUUUUAAAGACAAUUAUAAAUUUAUUUAAUUUAAAACAGUUAAAUAUUGGACGAAUAUAUGGAAUAGAAAAUUCAUUAGUCUUAUUAGAAAUAUUAAAACAAUCACCAAAAUUAUCGUCAAUAGAAUUUAUUCCAAAAGCUAUUAUACAAUUAUUUAAUAAUGGUGAAUUAUCCGCCGCCGCUGCCGUCGAUAGGCGAAAAAAUUUGAUCUUUUUAGCCGCUGCCGCCGCCGAUUAA